UAUAGCACCCCCAUUUUCUUCUUUCCCUUAGCCCAUCCCUCUGGGGAGACCGGGAUCCCGCGGCGCACCACGAACUCCGCCUCCUCCGCUCCGCCCCUCCCGCCCUGCCUCCCGCGCCGUCUCGCCCCGCCUCCCUCCGUCGUUCCUGGCCGCCGGGCUUCUUCUCCGUCGCCGGCUACGCGCGCGGGGAGGGAGGAGGAGCCGCAGCGCGUGGAUCCAGGAGCUUCGGCGUCCGGUGAGAUCUACUUUUUUCAGCCCCUCCAUUUCCCGCAGCUCUCUCUCUCGCGCGUUUUGCGGAGAUUCAUCGGUAGCGACGGCGGGGCAGUCCCAGGCUCGGCGGCGGCGUCAGCGGAUGCCUCUCCCCCCUCUCGCCAAGGCUGCUAAGCUAGUCACUGUAUGGACGGUGGUUCCUGUGGUCUCGAGGGAGUGCCGGUAGUCACAUCUGGCGGCAACUCUCCAUCCAGCGCUGGUAUCCCGCUUCUGCCAGAGAAGCGCUGUGGCUCGUUUCCUGAAACUUGUGGAGCCGCGGGGGGCAGUGCUGGCCCUGAAGGUGUGCCAGUGGUGACAUCUGCUGAUAACUCUCCAGCCCACGCUAGUAUUCCGCUUCCCUGUGAUUCCGCUGAUAAACCUUGUGAAGCCGCAGCGGGCAGCACUGCUCCGUUGGAGGCUCAGAUAUGUACGGGUUUCUCCAAUUCGAUCAGCUUGGAAGUGAAGAAAGGCCUCCAGAAGUGCGCGACGUUCCCACCUACAUCUGGUCAGGCUAAGCAGGAGGAUGGUUCAUGCUGCUAUGCAGAUGAUGGGCUCAAGGCUGCUCCUGCUUACGAGCGCUCUGUGUCCUUACCUCCCUCUUCAAUGUGUCAGCAGCCAACUUUAAAGCUCAUCCCUGCUAUGAAAGGAGGCCGUGAAAAGAAUGGAAUAGCAUCACCAACAGAAAAUCGCCAUGUCAAAUGGGCUCCUGAUGUGUAUGACCCCCCGGUGACAUCGGUAUGCCAUUCAGUGACUAACAGCUAUCAGCGCCGGUCAAAACACCGCAAGAAGGAGAAGAACAAACAGAAGAAGAAACAGAAGGGGAAGUCAAAGAAGAACCAACAGAGUUCUACCCAGAAUCCAUCUGCACCGCAGGUUUCUGAUCUUGGGUUGAAAGGUGUUAGCACCACUGGUGGCCAGUCUUCAGUAGACGAUCUGAGCAAACAUGAGGCUGGGAUCAUGGAUUACAGCAUGGGCAGUCAGGAAGCCAAAUGUGGAAGCAGCUUUCUGCGCGAGUCUGUUGCUAAAAUGCAUUUCUCGAUCGCUGAAGCUUCCUGAGAGGCGCCCGGUUUCUGCAGAUGCACCCUCAGUUCUGUAAAUAUGAUGGAUGUAUAUAAAUAAAUCCAGCAUGCUGUUUGUGGUGUUGUCGUGUGCGUUGUGCUGCGUUAGAGGUGUUUGAGAGCUUGGCCUGGUGAUUUGGAGAAAUAAUUUUUGGACAGACUCUGUUCUGUAUGUUUUGGACGGCAGACAUAUCUAUCUUCAAUCCAUGGCUUUGCAGUUGUUGCCUAAUAUUAACCAUGAUUUGUUGGUUG